AUGACAGGCACGCCGUUCACAGCGGAAAAGGCGCACCAGAACACAGACCUCACAAUGCAAUCUCGAGUUGCACGAGCCCUUACCAAGACAAUUGUGGCUGCAGGCACAGCGAGCGCGAUAGCGACGGCUUGUUGGCUACUUAACCGAAUUCUGGACGGUAACGACCACAAACGCAUCGAAAACUUACGCGAAUACAUUGAAGAAAAGGACAACGACGAAGACGAUGAAUAUGCAGACUACAGCGACUACAGCGACUACAGCGACCCAGACGACGGCUUCGCCCUGUUGCCCGUCGUCUCCGAGUCCGACGACGAGUCCGAGAGCGCCAUGGGCUACACGAGUGACUACUUCACCCCUCCAUAUGACGUCUGCAUGUUGUCCGUCAGCAUCCAGACCGUCGUGGAUCCACUUUCAGAUGUUUCUUCGAGCGAAUGUCGACUCUGCAAAGCCGCAGACGCGACUGAGGGCUUUGACGCCGCCGGGGAUGGCUUCGAUCUAGACGAAAAGCAUCGCGCACUGUCGUUCACGGAUACGGAAUGUAGCAGCAACAGAAGUGUGUUAUCCGUUGCUAGCGAGCAUGGCGACGACUAUGAAGAAGGAGAUGUUGUACGGCGAUCGAGGGUGGACCAGUGGUUGUAUGUCAGACUCUAAGGCUUAGCAACCGUGUUGCAGUUCUCACACGUCACAGG